GAGAGAGAAAGAGCACAAAGCCUGUCGGGAAGCAUGCACGGGCUGAAAGCCAGCCCAAAAUGGCAGCCCUGGAGGAAGAAUUCACGUUGUCUACUGGAGUCUUAGGCGCCGGGCCUGAAGGAUUCCUCGGUGUAGAGCAGAGUGACAAAGCCGACCAGUUCUUAGUGACGGACAGCGGCAGGACCGUCGUCCUUUACAAGGUUUCUGACCAGAAACCCUUGGGCAGCUGGUCCGUGAAACAAGGUCAGAGUAUAACAUGUCCUGCUGUGUGCAAUUUUCAGACUGGGGAGUAUGUUAUGGUGCAUGACCAUAAGGUUUUGAGAAUAUGGAAUAAUGAAGACGUAAACCUGGAUAAAGUAUUCAAAGCUACACUGUCAGCUGAGGUCCAUAGGAUCCACUCAGUACAAAGAACAGAACCCUUGGUGCUGUUCCGAAGAGGUGCUGCUCGUGGGUUAGAGGCCUUGCUCACAGAGCCACAGCAGAACAUUGAAGCUGUUAUACCUGAUGAGGAAGUGAUCAAGUGGUCAGAGGUUUUCAUGUUAUUUAAGCAACCAGUUUUAAUUUUUAUUACGGAAAAUCAUGGGAAUUAUUUUGCUUACGUACGAUUGUGCAAAUCACAGAGCUUAAGCAAAUAUACACUCUUACUUGGAAAAGAAGAAAAAUCUGUUAAACCAAGUUUUACUGCACGCGUGGAUGGGAAAUUCAUCUCCUUGGUGUCCCUGAGCUCUGAUGGGUGUGUGUAUGAAACCUUGAUACCCAUGUUUUCAAGUGACACAGAACAAAAUCAGAGGCUAGUUAGAGCAUUGAUGCUCAAGGCAGUUGUGUCUGGCGGUGCUCGAAGUGGUGUUGCCCUCACCAUCCUGGAUCAAGACCACAUAGCUGUCCUGGGACCUCCACUUCCAGCUUCUAAGGAAUGCCUCUCCAUAUGGAACAUAAAGUUUCAGACAUUACAGACAUCAAAAGAGCUGCCACAAGGAACCAGUGGGCAACUCUGGUAUCAUGGGGAAAUACUAUUUAUGCUACAUGGAAAAUGUCUAACUGUGAUUCCAUACAAAUGUGAAGCGUCAUCUCUAGCAGGCGCUCUUGGAAAACUCAAGCACACUCAAGAGUCAGGCACUCAUUCCAUGCCCCAUUUUGUAAACUGGGAAACAUGUUCAGGAUAUGAACUUGGGUCCUACAGUGCAGAACAGUCAAGAACUCUUAGGAGAAAAAAAGUUGAAACAAAUGUACAGCCAGAAGUUCCAGGAUUCAAACAACUUUUAUCAAUAAUAAAGAAAGAUUCAGAAAAGCACAUUGAAGUAGAACUACGUAAGUUUUUGGCUAAGUCGACACCUGACUUUCAUACUAUAAUUGGAGACGUGGUAACAGGACUUCUGGGACGGUGUAAAGCAGAGCCAUCGUUUUAUCCCCGGAACUGUCUGAUGCAGCUCAUCCAAACACGUGUGCUUUCUUACAGCUUAUGCCCUGACUUGAUGGAGAUUGCCCUAGAGCACACAGAUGUGCAGAUGUUACAGCUGUGUCUGCAGCACUUCCCUGACAUUCCUGAGUCCACCACCUGUGCUUGUUUAAAACUUUUCUUGUGCGUUGGUGAUGAUUGUCUUCGAGACAGUCAUAUCAACAUGGAUUCAGUUUUUGAUUAUGGUGAUUCCACACAAGAUGAGAAAAAGGAAAUAGAAGAGCAAGCUGAAAUUGUUCAGAAUGGCUUUGGUCCUGAAGAUGGGAAUUGCAGUAAAGAUAGUCAGCAAUUAAAUAAAAAGCCUGAAGAUGCAGCACACGAGACCGUCUCUUUCCCUGUGACCUCAUGUCCUGUGGCACCAAAGCGAGCAGCUCUGCUAAAUGCAGUCCUUCAUUCCGCAUACAGUGAGCCCUUCCUCCUGCCGCACUUGAAGGACAUCCCUGCGAAGCAUAUCACGCUGUUUCUCCAGUACCUGUACUUCCUCUAUCUGAAGUGUGCUGGCAGUGCUGCCAUGACUCUCCCUGGAGUUAACCCUCCAACCGUGAGCCAGAUUAUGGAUUGGAUAUGCCUACUUCUAGAUGCUAAUUUUACUGUCAUCUUAAUGAUACCAGAAGCAAAAAGACUAUUGCUUAAUCUUUACAAUUUUGUGAAAUCUCAGAUCUCCAUCUAUUCCGAGCUCAACAAGAUUGAAGUCAGCUUCCGGGAGCUACAGAGAUUAAAUCAGGAGAAGAGCAGUAGAGGACUGUACUCCAUCGAAGUGCUGGAACUCUUCUGACAGCCGGAGACAUAGUCUUACUGACUGUUCUGGAACUGGAUAUAUAGACCAGGCUGGCCUCAAACUCACAGAGAUCCACCUCCCAGAGCACUGGGAUUAAAAGUGUGGCCACCACACCUAGCUUGAUGGAUUUUAUAUAUAUAUAUAUAAAAUAUAUAUAUGAAUCUCCCUGUCUAUCCAGGGAAGAAAGUUUUCUUUGUGUCCAUCUCACUCAGUGUCCAGAGAGAAAUGUGAGUCACUGGACCAUCACAGGCCACCAUCCCUCAGUGUGCUAUGGGUUCCACAGAAAUCACUUCUACGUUGGAAAUAUCACUGGAAGGAUGUUAGGAAAGUUUUUUAAACAUGAAAUAGAGCUGAUUUUAAGUAAACUUAUUUGUGUAAUGAUAAAAGUCUUAUUUCUUACCAUGCAUUUUGAAUAGUUUUCUUUUAAUAAAAGAAGCAAACUGGACUGGA